AUGACAAGCACAAACUCCAUCCAGAUUUUUCACGACAGGGUCGGGUGCAACGAAGAGGUCGCCUGCUGCGGUUUUAUGGUUCUAGAAAGCAGCCGCCCGCACAGAAUUGUUGAAGUCGACGACAAUAUCUUGUCGCGUUUUGAACUACAAAGAAACUCAUGCGUGGGCAAGACGAUCGAUUCCAUCACUGGAGAGAAGACUCAUUCCACCUGGACUUUCCUGCAUGGUAUCAAGCUGGCAAUGGAUCAGAUUGGAUCAGCCGUAUCCCUUACCAUCUCAUGUGCCAAGAGGAAGAAGGUCUGCAAGAAGCUCUUCGUUGUGGUUCAGCAACAAAGCGUGGGGGACAACCUUUCCAUCGCUGUAGUUGUUCCAUCGCCCUCGUUCUCUCAUUUCCUCGAGCCAGUCGUCAAGUCCUCCAGGCCCUCUUCUCCGCGUGACAGAUCAGAGAGAAGUGGAUCUGGCAAGCGCAAGCUCGAGGUCAGUGACAUGGAUCGACGUUUCGAGAGAACCAUCGUCCCCAGUGACCUGACUUUCACGCACUGUGCCCCCAUGACGAAGAAGGUCAAGACAUGCUUCGCAGAGGUUGCAGCUUCUUCUCCUCGUUCAGCCAUCGAGGUCACAACUUCGGCUUGCUACUUCGAUCCUGAGCUUGCUGUGAAGCGCAACAACUCUUUCAACAACUUUGAAAGCCUCUUGCUGCCCUGCGCAAGCGUUCCAGAUGCGCAGUACCAGCCAGCCAUCGUUGCUCCGUCCUUGGUGCAGAAUGAGCAGCUGGAUCUUUGCUACGAGACUUCUGAAUUCGACAGCAUCUCCACCGACGCCUCAUCGCUGGACCUCUAUCCGAGUCUCUGUGGUUAUGACUUCCUCGCACCCACGGAAAUGUCGUGCUUCGUAUUCCAGUAG